AUGAAAAAGAGAAGGAAAUGUUGGCAGUGAAUGAGAGGACAGACAGAAGAAGGAAGGGUGCCUUUAAGAUGUAGGAUGCAGCUAAUGACAGCAUCUUAAGUGAACUAAUGUCCAGAUGAGAUGGACCUGCUGUCCAUCCGUCCAUCUGUCCACCUCCUGUGGGGUUGUGUCUGUGCUGGACGAGGAAAACAAAGUCCCUGAUGUUCGUGUUGGAAGCAGAGAGAUAAGUGCAGACAGGAAGGAGGUUGUUUAUGUUGUUAAGAAGCUGAUGGUGUAAUUAUGUACUGCUGGGACAAACAGACAGCUCUGAGCAGGAAUAAUAACACUCUGUAAGAUCUUAUGGUGUCACGAGGCACCAUAAGUUCCCUGACAUGUGUCAGGUAUCAGUCAGAGGAGACGAAAUAAUGCAGAGCAUCAUCAAAAAACUGAAAGAAAAAUAAAGACAGCAUAGUACAAACAGCAUUUACAGUAAAAAAAAAAAAGAGACAAAUCUGAGCAGGUUUUACAAAUGACUCGUAACAUCAUAGGAACACUGUACUGUCACUCUCUGCUCUUUUUCCCUUGCUCCAAAAAGCUUUCCUCUUUGUCACCUAGCAACAGUUUGAAUGUAAGCAUUGAAGUAAACGUACUGCAAUAACUUAACAAGAAGUUCAGUUUAACGGUAGACCAAAACCUGGAAGGUUCUGCAGUCAUGGAGGAGUCCUGUGUGUGGAAGUGGUACAGAAACGAGGAUGUGAAAGAAGAGCAGGAUGACAAACUGUUGUUCAGCUUACUGUACGAUGAGGUCCCGACACAGUGCAAGGACGACACAGGAUGCAACACCAGUCUGGACUACAACUCCCAGAGUUCCACAGCAGCAGCCAAGCUCCCAGGUCACUUGUCCAGGCAGGAGCUGGAUGUGUCCCCCUUUCCUGCCAGGACCCUCAUGAAGCCAGAAAUCACCCUGCAGAUACAGAAUGUGAUCUCUACAGUGAAGCUGGGCUGCGAUCUGGACCUGGACUUAAUUGCUCACAAAGCGUGGAACGUAGAGUACAACAGAAAGAUUUUCAAUGGGCUCACCAUGAGAAUCCGUGAGCCACGAACUACAGCACUUAUCUACAAAUCUGGGACACUUGUCUGUUUAGGGGCCAAAAGUGUGGAGCAGUCGUGGCAGGCAGCCAGAAAGUACACCCACAUAGUGAAGAGGCUCGGCUUCCCCGCCCACUGCUUGAACUUUAAGAUCCACAACUUGGUGGCCACUUGCAACACCUUUCCACUCAAUUUGAACGAAUUGGCCGACCAUCAGCACUGCAGUUUUGAACCAGAGCUUUUUCCUGGUCUUCACUACAAAGUGACGCCUGGCAUCAAUGUGACCAUCUUUUCAUCCGGGAAGAUAACUUUUACUGGAGCUAAAAAGGAAGCUGAGAUCUACGAAGCAUUUUACACCAUCUAUCCACUCCUGAGCUGCUUCAGGAAGUAGCAAAGAGACACACCAACCUCUAACCGAAGCUCAUGUUACUUUAUACUUUAAAAAUAAACUGUUUUCAAUC